CCCUCAGGAUGAGAGCAAGGCAGCUGGUCUGUGGAAUUUGGAGUCUGUGCUUCAUGUUCUGUCUUUUCUGCAUCUUUCUUCAUCAAACAACAGCUAAAAGAAAACUGAAGUUUGUGUCCCUAGUAUUUCGCCAUGGUGAUCAUACCCCACAGGAGUUUUUUCCAACUGAUAAGCACAGAGAAAUUGCAAGACAACAGGGAUAUGGCCAACUUACCAAGCUUGGCAUACAACAGCAGUAUGAGCUUGGCCAGUACAUGCGGAGGAGAUACUCUCAUUUCCUGAGCGUUGUUUACAAGCAGUGUGAGAUUUAUGUUCAAAGCACUGACUGUGAUCACACACUUAUGAGUGCUCAGGCAAGUCUUGCUGGACUGUACCCACCAACACAGAGUCAGAUUUGGAACCCCAGAAUCCUUUGGCAGCCAAUUCCAGUUCACACAGUGCCGCUGUCACAUGAUAAUUUGCUAUACCUACCUUUCUCACACUGCCCAAAAUACAAGGAGCUUCUGAGAGAAACCUUUGCAACAAGGGAUUUCCAAAGGCAAUUCAAGCACUACAAGCAAUUUCUGAAGUUUUUAGCCACUCAUACAGGAUACCCAUUGAAGACGUUGACUACUGAGAGGAUUUGGAAGCUCUCUGACACUUUACAAUAUGAGGACACUAACAAUUACACUCUACCUGUUUGGGCUACUCAUGGUGUCAGGACCAAGCUGAUGAAGCUGUCAGAAUUGUUACUGCAGGCGGAAUUCGGGAUCCACAAACAAAGACAAAAAUCACGUUUGCAGGGAGGUAUUCUUUUAAAAACUAUUCUAAAGCAUAUCUUAGAUGCCAGAAAGCCUUCAUAUCAUCAAAAAAUGGUUAUAUAUUCCACGCAUGCAGCUACCAUUGCUGCCUUACAGAUGGCACUCAAUGUCUUCAAUGGGAAAUUGCCUCCUCACAGUGCCUGCCAUUUUUUUGAACUUUAUCAGGAAAAAAACGGGCAAUACACCAUAGAAAUGUACUACAGGAAUAAUACUUUGAGGGAGCCUCACCCCCUCACUCUCCCUGGCUGCAAAUUUCGCUGUCCCCUAGAGAGAUUUACUCAUCUGGUCUCUCCCAUCCUCGUACACUACUGGACAAGAGAAUGUAGAAUGUAGGAUAUCAAAAGAGAUAUCCCGUCUCUACACAGAAGGAAGAUGAGACUUAAGGAAAAUUUGGACUGUGACUCUAGACAUAGAAGGGGCUUAUAAACAGCCAGGUUGGCUAUCAUGAAGACCUAGCGACAACUGGUUGACCCAACAAAGCUUUCAGAUAUUCUUUCCAAAAAGACAGCAAAGCCAAGUGUUAAUUUUGGAAGAAAAAUAAUUUUUUUGUUUCAAAUAGCUUUUUUAACACCUUCCUUUUGUUAUGUUACUUUGAUUGUAUAUUCUGAUCUGAUCAUAUAAAAUCUGUUCUCCUGGGAAAUCUGUAAGUAGAUGCUGUUCUUGACAUGAACAACGAAAUGACAAUACAAAAUAAAAAAAAUCAGAGCUGCAUGCUCAUUAAAACAUGCAGAACAUGUUGGGCAAUCCUUCGCUAGUUAAAUUUUCUAAUAUUGCUAUUGCAAAAACAGCUUACGU